AUGGCAGAAGAAGAAAGUUUGCGGGAGCUGAGUCGUGAAGAACGGCAGCUGAAGAAUUCCCUGAAGGCAAUUGUGAAAUUCGUCAACGAGUUCCAGCGAUCAACUCAGGAGAACCAAAUUGAGGUGCGAUUGGAAGCGUUGGAGAAUGUGAUGCAGAAGUUCUACAGUGUACGCCGUAAGAUCGAGAUUGCCAUGGACGAAGUAGACCCUGAAGAAGAUGAUGAAGACGUCAAGGAAACUGCAGAGGAACGCAAGAAACGCCUGGAAAAGGCAACCGCUACCCGUGAAGCCCAGUACGAUGAAGCGGUCCGUGUAGUGGAAGAGAAGUACUGUGAAGUCAAGGCAGCUCUAAUAUCGUUAAGACCACCGAAACCGAGUUCUUCCCAGUCGACUGCUGGAGUCCAAGCUCAUGUGGAUUCCGGGAUAUCGAGAGUCAAGCUGCCAGACAUAAAGCUGCCAUCCUUCAGCGGCAAGAUCAAGGAGUGGAUAACUUUCCGGGACACGUUUCGCAGCCUCAUCCACAACAAUCGCCAGCUAGCGCCGAUCGACAAAUUUACGUAUUUACGAUCCUCUGUCCACGGCGAUGCCCUACAAGAAAUCUGCUCGGUGGAGCUCUCGGCGGAGAAUUACGAGGUUGCUUGGAAGGCACUAGAGAAGAAGUUUGAAAACAAAAAACUCAUCGUAAAAGCACACCUAGAUGCUAUUUUUUCCGUGGAGCUGUUGCGACGAGAAAACUGCGAUGCGUUGAACCACUUGAUUAACGAGUUCGACAGGAACCUCCAAAUGCUCAACAAAAUUGGAAAAAACACGGCGAAUUGGUCAACGAUCCUUGCGUACAUGCUCUGCUCACGUCUUGAUUCAGCCACCCUUCGGCUGUGGGAAUCACAUCACAACUCCAAAGAUGUUCCGGAAUUUGACGAGCUGUUGAAGUUUCUGCGUGAUCACUGUCUCGUUUUGCAGUCCAUCGCGCCUUGCAAGCCCAUCGAAUCCGAGCAGAAGCGUGCGCGAGUCACAACAACACACACGUCAUCCCAAUCUGCACGAAAAUGCCUGUUCUGUGCGGAGCCGUUUCAUCUCCCCUUCAAAUGCAACAAGUUCAAGGGCUUGACGAUUAAUCAGCGGGUAGAAGAGGCCAACAAGAAACGUCUGUGUCGCAACUGCUUAUCCGCACGCCACUACGCAGAAGGUUGCUCCAAGGGUGCCUGUACGAAGUGCGGCAGAAAGCAUCAUACCAUGCUGCAUUUCGAGAACGCGCCAACGAGUCCGCGAGCACCGAAACCAUCCGUUCCACAAACGCAAGAUCAAACCCGCGCAGCAGGGUAG